AUGCUAAUAAUUCUACUAGCGGACGAGACCUCGUACAUCAACUAUAUCAAGCCCCUGAUCUUGGCCCGGGAACCGAAGAUCCCCCAUGUUCUAUCUCUGAUUGAUACCACCUCGCAAUGGGCGUACCAAAUCCACCCGGAACGUAUGGUCCCCGCGCUCAAAGACGCGGACCUCGAAACCGGUGAGCGUAUCAACGUGUUCGAGGGCACGGCGUGUCUGCAGUAUCUGGCCGAUCGGUUUGACGUCCACGGCGAAUGGACCGGACGCACCGCCGCCGAGAGAGGCGCUGUCUUCAUAUGGAUGGCUUAUUAA